AUGGACAUGACGCCAGAUAACCACAGUAUUACAUAUGUAGACUACGAACACUAUAUGGAUCAUCCGCUGUGGGACAAUUUCUCACAGGAAUCCGAUUCAUUCAUGCCUAUGGAUAACAAAGGAUUGUACGAAACGGCAAGCACACUGCGGAACGUUUUCCUCCCAAUCAUCGUUAUUGUAGGACUUACUGGGAAUACAGUUACCAUGGUAGUAUUUAUGUCCACGCAUAUGAAAAAAUCAUCUGCAACAGCAUUCCUGGCAACUUUAGCGUUUGUCGACAACGUUUUCCUCAUAGCGUUAUUCACAACUUGGUUUGACGGUAGUAUUUCAAACAUCAUUAGGACCGAAAGUUUGUGUCAGCUACUGGUCUAUGUAACGUAUGUGACAAGCUUUCUCUCGAUAUGGUAUGUGGUUGGUUUUACAGCAGAAAGAUACAUUGCAAUCUGCCAUCCAUUCCGGUCUCCAAUUGUGUGCUCACGAUUUCGUGAAAAGAUUUAUGUGAUAUUUCUAGCGGUGAUGGGGGGAGUGUUAUAUAACUAUGCCCUAUGGACUACAUCGGUUGUGGAAUUAAAUGGAGUAUAUCGAUGUGGUCACAAAUUCCAGUACAUAAACUUGCUGGAAAAGGUCACUUGGAUAGACACAAUUAUUACUAUGAUCAUACCAUUCCUGCUCAUUCUUCUUAUGAAUAUAAAAGUUGUUUGUAAAGCAGCUGCCUUUCACCGGAAACGGAAACAUUGUUUGAAACCAAAUGACUCGUUCAAUUCUUCAUUUUCCAGAAGUAAAAGCAGAGCAUUACGUAAUAAGCCUCAGAUGCGUGUAACAAGAACACUCGUGCUGGUAUCCACAACAUUCCUGGUGCUCAAUUUACCGAGUCACGUGCGACGAUUGUACACGCUCAUUAUUUACACAACAACUCAGCAACAGACUGAUAUCACAAUGAUCCACUACCUCCUUCAGGAAAUCACUCAACUUCUCUAUUACUCAACAUUCAGUGUCAACUUCUUUUUGUAUGCUUUAUAUGGUAAACAUUUUCAGAGCAGCCUCAUACUUAUGAUCAAAUCUAUCAAGUAUCGAAUAUGUUGUCGGAAGUCGCAGUUACGUCUUGAAAGGACAUCUAGUGCAAAAGGAGUGCUCUUGUCUGCCAGUAAUUCCAAGGUGGUCAGCAUCGAACUCAAACGGGAUAUCAGAUUAUCUAUAUCUAACGGGAAGUAG